AUGUCGACCGUUAUAAACAGUGCCAAUUUCAUCAGCAGUCAUUGGCUGGCAUGGAAGGCAGUAGGCGCUACCUUUACUGAAGUCAACUGGCUCGGACUCUACGGACUUUAUGCCUGCAUUCAUCAUCUAGCGGUCACUGUCGGCUUUCCGCUGCACUUGGGCGUCAAACUCUUUCGCAAUGAUACUGUAACGGAUGAUAUAAUGAAUCUAACAAUAUUUUUGGAGACCUUCUCCAGCUCACUUAAGAUAAUCAUCUUUGCGUUUAAAUUGAGGAAGGUGCGCCACAUGGAGAAAUUGCUGAAACUUUUAGAUGCACGCGUCCAGGGCUGGGCACAACAUAACAUUUAUGAUGAAUUGAGAAAGCGAUUGAAAAAAUUAAUCUAUGCAUAUAUUGGCGUCUGUGCGGUUGUCAUUAUGUUUUCGGAAAUUUCAUUUCUAUUUCAAUCUGAGCGCAAGCUGCAGCAUCCAGCCUGGUUUCCCUUUGAUUAUACAAAUUCUACAUAUAAAUAUUAUAUAGCGCAUGUGUAUCAAACGUAUGGAGGUGCCAUGCAAUUAGUACAAAAUUAUGCAAACGCCUGUUUCCCCGCAGUCAUGUUAUGCAUAAUAUCAGCGCAUAUUCAAAUGCUGUACAAACGUAUUGAGGACAUAGGCAUGGCUAAUGAGUCUGCGCAGGAUUCGGAAGCUGACCUGGAGGCCUGUAUUACAGAUCACAAGCAUUUGCUAGAGUAA